UUGGGGAGAAAGUAUGGAAGGCGAAGAGGGAGGAAUAAGGCUGAGUAAGAGGUUCUCGGACAAGGGCGGUGAGGGGGAGGUGGAUUACAAGACAAAGGCAGGCACGGCAUGGAGCCAUUCGUACCUGAACCAAAAGCCAUGGCAUCCCCUCUCCUAUCCCAACCAACGCCGCAAGUGGAUUGCCGAGCAGACCCACGCCCACCGCGAGCGCCGAGCCGAGGAAGUCGCUCGCGAGUAUGCCCAGGAGCAGGAAUUCUUUCGGCAGUCUGCUCUCAUCUCCAAGAAAGAAAAAGAAAAGGUGGAGAUGAUGAAAGCUGUUAGCUUCAUGUAUGUACGCCCACCUGGUUACAAUGCUGAAAGUGCGAAAGCUGCAGAGAUUGCUGAUGAGAAGAAAAGAGAGGAAUAUACUAACCCCUCUCAAGACCCACUUGCUGAUGGGGCCUCUACUGCAAUGCCACCAGAAUCUGUUCCUGUCAAAGGUGAAGAAAAGAAGAAACCAAGACCAAAAGAUGUUUUCGGGCGUCCAUUACCGACUGAAGAAGAAUUUGAUGUAUUAAAAAAUGCUCCUCGGAUGGAGACUGGUGUUCCUGCUAGAGUGAAACCAUUUGGAGUUGAAGUGCGCAAUGUGAAAUGUCUAAGAUGUGGAAAUUAUGGCCACCAAAGUGGUGACCGCGAAUGUCCAUUGAAGGAUGCUAUAAUGCCUAAUGAAGAGAGUCGACUGAAAAGAGAUGACCCCUUAAAUGCCAUACUUGCCCAUGUUGAUCCCAGUGAGCCUUUAAAGUGGGAGCUUAAGCAAAAACCAGGAGUUAGUCCUCCCCGGGGAGGGUUUAAACCGGAUGAUCCUAACCAGCAAAUAGUUGCUGAUGACAUAUUUGAUGAGUAUGGAGGGUUCCUCAGUGGGGGUGAUAUCCCCAUGUUGCUGACCAACUUCUCUGGCAAAUCCAAGAAGUCCAGGAAGAAGAAUAAGCGACAAAAGCAGCAGCCACAACCUAGUAGUGAAUGGAACGAUCCAAAUGAAGAUGAGUUAUCUUCUGAGGAUGGGGAUAAGAGAUCAAAGAAGAAGAAACACAAGAUGAAGAAAAAAAGGCGAAAUCAUUCUGAAUCGAGUUCAUCAGACGGUACAGAGUCUGAUAGACGCAAAAAGAGCAGGCACAAGCAUGCCUACUCAUCUGAAGAUUCUGCUGAUGACAGAAAUGGUAGAAGUAAAAUGUGUAGGGACGCCUGUUCUUACUCAUCUGAAGAUUCUGACCUUGAUAGGCGUCAUAAAAGUGAUAAGAGCAGAUCCAAGCGUUCCUUUUCAUCUGAAGAGUCUGAGCCUGGGAGGCAUCAGAGAAGUAACAAGAGCAGACACAAGAAUUCCUAUUCAUCUCAAGAUCCCGACCCUGAGAGGCAUCAUAGAAGUAACAAGAGCAGACACAAGAAUUCCUUUUCAUCUCAAGAUCCGGACCCUGAGAGGCAUCAUAGAAGUUACAAGAGCACACAAAAGGAUUCCUAUUCGCAUAAAGAUUCCAACCCUGAGAGGCAUCAUAGAAGUGACAAGAGCAGAGACAAGUGCUUGUAUUCAUCUAAAGAUUCUGACCUCGAGAGGCGGCAUCAAAGAAACAGGAGCACACACAAGGGUUCUGAUUCAUCUGAAAAUUCUGAUACUGAGAGGCACCAUAGAAGUGACAAGAGUAGACACAGGCGUUCCUAUUCAUCUGAAGAUUCCGAUGCUAAAUGGUAUCGUAGAAGAAACAAGAGCCGACACAGAUUUUAGGCUGAUAAUAUGACAAAGAAAUAGCACUUGGAAAGGGAGGAAAAUAUUAAAGAGAAGCCUAUCAUAAAAGAGCUUUCCAAAAUUUGGGGAUUUUUUUUUUUUUUUGUGGGUGGGUUGGGGGGGAAUAGUUUCUGAUGAGUGAUUGUACCUCUUGCUAUGGUUGCAAUGCUUGUAGAUGGAAGAAAAGGGAAAACAAAUAUUUUUGUUGUAAGAAUAGAUGACCACUCUAUGGCAUGAUGUUGUAUUAAGGGAUAUGAAUAACCCAUUUGUUUGCAUUUCAGAGGAUUAGCUACUGAAUAUGCAGAUUACUGUUAAAUGACAAUACCAUACUUCUAUUGGCUUCC